AGAGCCGUCGAGCCCAGCACCCCCACCAAACCAGCACCCCUACAACCAGCCCAUUCGUGCCUCUCCCCUCGCCCCUUCACCUCCCCCACGCACGCUCACCGAUCACCGCUUUCGCGCUCCGCCCGCCCUUCCGCGCCCAUGUCGGCCUCCGCCCGCUUGCGCGCUUGUGCAGUCGGCGGGCGCGAGGCUUUGUGGGAUGCCGGCACUGGCGCGCGGAACAAUGCCCAAGAAUCCGUCGCCUGCCGCUUGAGAUGGCCACCCGCGGAUGAUGGUGCCCUCCGCGGAAAGCUGCGCGCUGCGCCAAUGCCUCGCCGCUCACUGCUGUCCCCCAGGCGCCGAACGCUGCGCCCCGGAAUGCCGCUCAGCGGAACUCCGCCGAUCGCGCUCCCUGCCACCAGCAGUCCACGGCACAGGCGCGCGGGCCCCGUGGUGGCGCUAGCAGGCAGCAAAUGGCGGCGCAGCGACCAGGCCCCCGUGCGCCUUCCCCCCGUGCUGAGCCCCUCCGCCUCCGCGCUCCUGCGCCAGCUGCGCCAGCAGCAGCUGCGCCAACACAGAUGGGCGGCGCUAGAGGCCGCCACCGCGGGUGGAGGGGGAGGGGGAGGGCGGAAGGGCGCGGAGGAAGAUGUGGCGGCGGUGCUGCGGGAGCUGAGGCGCAGGGGGGAGUGGCAUGUGGUGGUGCAUGUGUACGAGUGGGUGGUGUCGCGCGCGUCCUUCCGCCCGGACGUGUCCACCUACAAUCUGCUCAUGGACGCGUACGCGCGCUCAGGCGCCGCCCACACUGCCGCGCAGGUGUUUCGCCAGAUGCAGCGCGGCCGCCUCAGAAUACAACCCAUGGUUGGGGGGGUGCGGGAGGAGGGGGGGGCGGGACAGGGGACAGGUGCAGGGGCGGAGGGCGAGGGGGGGAGUGGAGGGCGGGAAGGGGGCGGCAGGAGGAGACGGGGGAGAGGCAGGGAGGAGGAGGAGGUGGCGGUGACGGUGGGCGUGGAGGAGGGCGUGGGCGUGUGCGUGCCGUCGGAGGCGUCGUUCAACGUGGUGCUGGGCGCGCACUGCAGGGCGGGCCAGCUGCAGCAGGCAGAGGACCUCUUCCACGAGAUGCUGACGCGGGGGUACCGCCCCAGUCUGGUGACGUACAACACGAUGCUGGAGGUGCGUGGGAGGGCGGGCGACGUGGCGGGCGCGGAGAGCAUGUUCCGCGCCAUGCGGGGCGACGGGGUGCGCGCCACCGCCGCCUCCUACGCGCUGCUCAUGCACGCAUAUGGCAAGGCGGGCCUGCCCCACAAGGCGGAGGCCAUGUUUGCAGCGCUGCACGGCGCCACGCUGCUGCCCACACUGCCGUGCUUCACGGCGCUCAUAGCGGCGUACGCGCGCAUGGGCAUGUGGUGCGAGGCGCAGCGCGCAUACGACAGCAUCGCGGACAUGGGGCUGCAGCCCGACGUGCACGCCGCCACAGCGCUCAUGCACGCGCUCUGCACGGCAGGUGAGGUGGAGCGCGCGCGGCAGGUGCUGCAGGGCGUGCAGCGGGACACGGGCGAGGCGGUGCCGCUGCCGUGCGUGACACCGCUACUGGACGCGCUGGCACGGCAGGGGCUGUGGGAAGACGCCGAGGCCCUCUUCGCCUCGCUGCCAGCCAUGGGCGCGCCGCCCUCCCCCCGCGCGCACCACCUGCUGCUGCGCGCCUACGAGCAGGCGGCGCUGCCUGCCAAGGUGGAGGCGCACCUGGCCAGGCUGCAGGGCUGGCGGGUGCGUGUGGACCGGGCAAUGCACAACUGCCUGGUGGGGGCGCACGGGCGGGCGGGGGAGAGGGGGGAGAUGGAGCGUGUGCUGACGCGGAUGUAUGGUGAGGGGGCGGCAUGGCAUGUGAGCACGUACAACACGGUGGUGGGGGUGCUGGUGGACGCGGGUGACAUGGCGGGAGCGGAGCGCCUGAUGGAGGAGAUGAGAGAGAAGGGCGUGCAGCCAGACGCCAACACGUGGACCACCAUCAUGGCCGGCUAUGCGGAGAAGAAGCUUCUGAGAAAGUGCGUGAGCGUGUUCAAGAAGAUGGUGGCGGCGGGCGUGCACGCAGAUGCGGUGGCGGUGCGUACACUGGUGGCGGCGUGCCGCAGUGUGGAGCAGGAGGCGGAGGUGAGGGAGCUGGUGGAGGGUGCGGGGCGGGCGCGGAGCAAGCGCUCCAUGGGGGCUUGACAAGCUGCUGCUGGGGAUGUGAUGCAUGGAAACCAUCGCUGCCAUAUGCUGCUUGUAUCGUACUCAGUGCUUUAUAUAUGAUUUAAUUGCAUGUGUUCCUACAAAAGCAAUUU